GCUUGAUAUUGCGAUUCACUUGCAGUUCUGUAAAAUAAACGAAAACGCAAUAAUUGGCAUUGCAAACUGUUGUAAAGUCAAAAAAUUAGAAAUAGUAAUAACCGCAAGACAACCUAAAGAGUUACAAUUUGUUGAUUAUUUUCAAGAGUGGCUGUGAAAUCCAAUAACCUUAUUUAAAUUUUGUUUUUUUUGUUUGUUUUUUGGGGCGGGGGUGCAAGAGUAUUAUAAAAGUGAUUUUUCAUUCUAAACGCAAUCGGGAAAUUCCAGAGCCCUAUUUGUGUGGCUUUGCAAAAAUGCUUAGCGUGUGCAGUACAGCACUAGCAAUAACUUUAGUAAUCUACGUUUGUUUUCAUGCAGUUAAUUGUGAACACGUUGUUAUAACGGCACCAGAACAUAUCCUAUUCGGAUCGACAGUAAAUGUUACCGCCACACUGUACGAUGGUAAUAAAGUGGCUGACAAAGGCGAAUACUCUUUCAACUGGAAAGCGAGUGGUGGCCGGAAAGAGGAAAUUGAAACGUCCGAACCGAUCAGUAAUUGGACCGUCAAGUAUCCAAGGGAUGUGACAAAACUAGGAACUCAUCGUUUGGAUGUCGAAGUUAAGAAGAAGACAUUUAUAUUGUGGCCAGUUGUGGCUGAAAAUUCAGUGAAAUUUGAAUUGGUUGACUCCCUGACUGGCAGCCUGGAGCUUAUACAAAAUGAAAAGGUGCGCAAACAGGAUUUUGUGUCCACAAAGGAUGUGGUUAAUCAUAGCAUUGACCUGUGGCCGGCUGAUUAUAAAUAUUUGAUGGAAAAUCAUUAUUAUGUCAAUACCUAUUGGUUCGAAAAUUGUACAUAUCUGGGCAUGUCGCAUGCCUAUGACUAUCAAGCAAUGUAUCCCGAGGCUGAUCAAUAUUUUAAUAUUGGAGUUCUAGUGGUGGCAUCACCAAAUGCACCACCAGAGCCAAUCCCAUCUACAACAACAACGACUACAACAACAACCACAACGACUACAACAACCACAACUACAACUAGCACUACCACACCAGCAACUACAACGUCAACCACUCCAGCAACAACAACUCCAUCAACUACAACAACUCCAGCAACAACUACAACAACAAUUAAACCUAAACAGUUUCGUUCGAAGCGUGACUUGAACCAAACAAUGCAUAAAAAUGCAGCGCUGCUUGGUUUCAAUUUAACAGAUGCACGGCAAAAACAACUCCAGAUGAACAACAACAACAGCACUUUGAACACAUCUUUAGCAUUGGUAAAUCCCUUAGGAGUGCGCAAACUAAAGCUGUUACCUGUUCCGCCCCCUCCCUACAAUUGUAUCAAUGGCAAUAUAAUCGCCAAGGAUGUGAACAACACUUACGGCUUCUUCGAACGGCGUAUAGUGUCCAAAAAGCCCAUCUCCGAUUUUGGCACCAGCGGCAAGAACUGGGUUCAGCACUGGGAGCUGAUUAAUCUACAAGUCAAUUGCAAGGGCUCAGCGCCAUUUGAAGUCUGUAUUACGGUGUUUAAUGCGCCGUACAAUGCAACAGGCAACGAGACUUGCGGCCUAUAUAUAAAGUACGACAAAUGUGACAUUAACUAUGAGCGCUACUUUUCGGACAGCAAGACAAUUCUGUUUUUCAUACGCAACGAAGUAUCUGAGAGCGUAAAUCAGGUGACCAUUAAUAUCUAUGAAGCCAAACGACAGUCGCAGCUUUCGGUUGUCGUCGUGCCCAUUGCCUGCACAUUGGUCGCCGUUUGUCUAGUUAUCUUUGGAGUGGCCUACUACAUGCAGAGCCGUAAUCGGUUUACGGUAGAGGUGGCUGAUUUCAAUUUUGGUGACACGCAAUCGGUGGACAUGGAAUACAAGACAUUCCAGCAGCGAUUAAUUGAUAGCAUACGCGACGCGUGGCCAUGGCAGAGAUGGCGUCGUUAUUCGCAGUCUACCACGGAUCUCAUUGCUGAUCAGCCAUCCAAUUCAGGCGGAUUUAGCGAUAAUGCUGGCGAAGUGGACAGCAGCUUGCGCUACAAUACGUUCAAUUAAAAUCGAACGCCAUUACAUUAUUGUUAUCUAUAUAUCAUUUAACCGAUUUAAUUUAAUUACUAGUCUUAAGUUUAUUUUGAUUUGAUUUUUUUGAAUAGGUGCGUUUCGUACUUUUUAGUCAUUUGCAUUGUAUUAUGGUUUUUGGUAGUGUGCUAACCAUUUUUUGUUGUUAACUUGUUGUUUUUUCUUUAAAAAUGGUGUUCGUAUUCGUUCACAUUUAACGCACACUUGCUCACCAAUUCCAAAAAAAAACUUGCAAUAAACAUUAGCAAAUGGAGAAACUUUAUGAACGCAGAUGAUAUUCUCAUAAAAUGUUGUAAAAGACUGUCAUUGUUCUAAAAACAAACAAGCAAAAGCGAAUAACAGAAUAAAAAAGAAAAAUCUACUCAAAAUUAAUUGUAUUAAAUAUAAGCAUUAAAUAAUUUAAUGUUUUGUGAAUGCAAUAUUAGGGUAUUCCAGCUCUCGAAAAUGCAAGGCAAAGAAACAGCACAUACACACAAGUAAAUAAAAACGCAAAUAUUGUA